CGGUGUGGCUGAUCAUGGGUCUAAAGAAAAGUGCACAACUCGGGCACGAAAGUGCAUUCGCAGCACUCAGCCCUUAUCGCCGGCAAACAAUAUUCGAGGUCCUUGCCGCACGCAAAACAGUGCGACGUGGCUAGGCCGAGUAAAGAGAAACUGAGCCAGCCAGUUUGCCGCCUUCAAAAUAUUGAUUUUUGAACAGCGAUAUCAAGUGGCCGGAGAUAAGGGAUUGAGGAUUUUUUUUAAUCGUUUCGUCUCCAGCUGUUUGGCUGCAGAAUCAUUCCAGAAAACAUUUCUCAGAUUCGUCGUUGCAAUGGGGUACCUACGAGUUUGGGAGCGACAUGCCGCCCAAGGGUGCGAAUAAGAAGGGCGGCCGGCACAGAAAAGGACGCAAGAAUAUGGCGAGCCUGAACGGCGGCGGCGGCGAGGAUGAGGUGAGCCUGAUGGCCGCUGCCGACCUGGAGCUGGAGGAGGACUUCCAGGUGCAGCAUGAACCCAAGCGGAAAAAGAGUCAGGCAAUUCCAGCGGCCAGACACAAGUUUGAGCCCGAGGAGAACGCCUUCUCCAUCGCCGUGCAGGUCUUCAUUCCCUUCCUUGUGGCUGGAUUGGGAAUGGUCGGCGCCGGUCUCGUCUUAGAUAUAGUACAGCACUGGGAAGUAUUUCGUGUGGUCUCAGAGGUGUUCAUCUUGGUACCAGCUCUUCUGGGCCUCAAGGGAAACCUGGAGAUGACGCUGGCUUCUCGUCUCUCCACGCAGGCCAACCUUGGCUACAUGGACACCCCCAAACAGCAGUGGAGUCUUAUCGUUGGCAACCUCUCAUUGAUUCAAGUAAUUUUUGCAUUCUAUAUUCACAAGGUUUGCAAACUGAGCCACAUUUAUUUGCAGUGUCAAGCUAUUGUCGUUGGCUUCUUGGCCUCGAUGGCUGCCAUGAUCAUGGGCUGGAUCCCAGAGGGAAAGUUUGACAUUGACCACGGCCUGCUGCUUUGUGCCAGCAGUUUGGUCACUGCCUCCCUUGCUAGUUUUGUUUUAGGUAUUGUGAUGAUCGCUGUGAUAAUUGCCUCAAGAAAAUUCAACAUUAAUCCUGACAACGUUGCCACGCCAAUUGCUGCUAGCAUGGGAGAUCUGAUAACGCUGACCCUGCUUGCCUGGAUAUCCUCUCUGCUGUUUGAGGCUAUAGAAACCCAGCCCUGGUUGGCACCGUUGAUCAUCGGCUUCUGCCUACUCCUGACGCCAAUUUGGGCCUGGCUGUGUCGGCAAAACAAGCACACAAAGGAGGUGCUCAGCUCUGGCUGGACCCCAGUUGUGCUGGCCAUGCUGAUCAGCAGUGUCGGCGGCGUCAUCCUUGAUCUGACCGUGGCUCUGUACAAGGGUAUCGCCGUCUUCCAGCCAGUCAUCAAUGGCGUUGGUGGUAACCUUGUGGCCGUGCAGGCCAGCCGCAUUUCCACCUCCUUGCACAGGGACUCGAAAAUUGGAACCCUGCCCUCAUACGCAUCGAAUAUAUGCCUCAGUCCUCUUGCCGUUUUCGGUGCCAAAGGUGGACACGCAAGGACAGCUCGGAUUUUGCUUGCCAUGGUCAUCCCAGGCCACUUGAUUUUCUCGUACACAAUCAGUUAUCUACAAGCAGGACACACAUCGUUGACUCCCAUUUUCGUUGUUGUAUAUUUGCUGGCUGCUCUCAUCCAGGUGUCCCUGUUGCUUUACAUGUCGCACGUGAUGGUGCACUGGAUGUGGACAAAGCGAAUCGAUCCUGACAACUCGGCGAUCCCAUACCUGACUGCUUUCGGCGAUCUUCUGGGAACAGGUCUGUUGGCCAUUGCUUUCCAGUUCCUCUAUGUCAUCGGUGAUCGCGACAGUGACGUCGGCGACUAAAUGAGCGUUGAGUUAUUCUGUUGAAUUAAUUCCAUUCGAACUCAUGCGGUGAUGUUGUCGAUUAAUAGUUUUGGAACCUCUAGUCUUGCAAUUUCACUCGGGUUAGCCAUAAAGAAACGUGCUCAGCUGUACCGUAAAUUUCUCAUCUAUCGUGUCAUUUGUGAGAAUCAAAAGUGAACAAGACAUUUUAUCACUGCUUUAUUUCAAACGAUUUUUUGGUUCCUUUUGGAUACUUUAACCAAGGUGUCAUCUUUGGAUUUGAUUUGCAAUUGCGUGACUUGCCAAGUGAAUUUUUGAUUGAACCAAAAGGUGCCUUAUUAAUCAGAUAUUGAUGAAUGUGUACCUCUUGUUUCCCACCACCUGUGUUUUGCGUAUUAUCCAGUUGCAAACGAACGCCACUAAAGUGUUAUAGGCUCUGGUGAAAUGGAAAAUUAGUAAUUUAUUGUUAUCCAAAGUUAAUAAGUAGUCAAAUAAAGAAUUACAUAUCACGGCCUAAA